AUGAGCUCCUCUCUACCCAAAAGCGAGUCGACCACCUCUCUGCUGCGAUCAUCGGGGCUCAACCGCAGGUCCGCGCACUCGGAUCAUGGUCCACACGGUCACCGCAGCCACCGCAGUCACCAUCAUCACACCGGAGCUGGAGGCAGCGAGGAUGCAGGCUGGACAGAGGAGUGCGAGACCAGUGCGCGAAGACCGCUCUGCCAACCGAGACACUCCGACUCACGACAUUUAGGUGAUCAGCGGAUACAGAAAAGCCAGUCUCACCGGCAGGCAAGCCACCUGGAUGACGGUUACCACCAGGAGGAUGUGAGGCACGGGACUAGUCGGCCUCCAAAAGAGCGCAGCAAGUCCUCCAGGUCCAAGCACUCGCAGCAUCAUCAUCACCACGACUCUUCUCGAGGUGAGCUGCCUCCAGCGCAUCACCAGGGCGGCUCCCGGCAGGACAGGAAGAACUCUCCAACUCCAUCUUAUACGAAACAAGAGGACGAUGCAGCUUUCUUCUUCGAGCCCCAGGAGAGAGUCACCACCGGGUCAUCCUCCAGUCUCAACUCUGACACACCUGCAACAAGCGCACCUGUCCAGCCCGCAUCCAGCCGCAAAUCCAAAAGACAGAGCGCGACCCCGUCCGCGAACGACUCUACUCUUCACCCCAUAGUGAAGUCAGUGUUUGGGCAGGACCGAGAGUUGAGGCCAGAAGAAAUGGAUGAGUUGCGUGAGGCAUUCAGGGAGUUUGACAAAGACAAAGACGGGUUUAUCGGCUGCAAAGACCUCGGAAACUGUAUGAGAACUAUGGGCUACAUGCCAACAGAGAUGGAGUUAAUAGAACUGAGCCAGCAGAUCAACAUGAAUUUGGGAGGGCAUGUUGACUUUGAGGACUUUGUUGAACUCAUGGGGCCCAAACUUCUGGCUGAAACUGCAGACAUGAUUGGUGUAAAGGAGCUGAGGGAUGCGUUCAAGGAGUUUGACACAAAUGGCGAUGGCCAGAUAAGCACAGCAGAACUUAGAGAAGCAAUGAAAAAACUUUUAGGACAACAGGUUGGCCACAGAGAUCUAGAGGACAUCCUGCGAGACAUCGACCUCAAUGGAGACGGACACGUAGACUUUGAAGAAUUUGUGCGGAUGAUGUCCCGAUGA